AUGGGGCCAAAGAGACAAACAGUAUCACUUCAAGAAAAAAAGAACCGCAUACUAAACUUCUUCCAGGAGACGUAUACCUUUUACAACAUCAAAGAGCUAGAAAAAAGCAUUCCUAAAAAAUGCGGGAUCUCCCCCAUGAUCGUUAAAGAACUAGUGCAGCAAAUGAUCGAUGAAGACGGUGUGAUUUCGGUGGAGAAAUGCGGUAAUAUUAACAUAUACUGGUGCUUUAAGAACCAAACCCUCCAAACACUGUAUGACUCGAGUGAGAAAUUGAAAAAACAGAUACAGGAAACAGAAAGUGACAUCGCCAUUUCGAAACGAGAACUGGAAAAAACACUUGAAACAGGAAGACGUAAAAAAUUCACUGUGGGCCAAAAAUCAUACAGUAGGGAUGUUCUAAUAGAAAAGAGGAAAAAAAUACAAGAAGAAAUAAAGAAAAAGAACACAAGCCUGCAAAAAAUGGAAAGCAUUAGGUGGGACGGAGCAAAGAUUCAGGAGAAUAAACAAAGAGUUCACCUAAAAAAAGGGCAGCUGGAAAAAAUUACUGACAACAUCGAGAUUCUUGUUGAUUACCUCUACAAGAAGUUUUUCCUGCAACCAGAACAGAUCAGAAAAGAAUUCGGAAUUCCAGAAGAAUUCGAAGAGCUUACUGACAUCUAG